AUGGCUUUCUUGUAUCAGACGGAACGUAUUGAUAGCGUGUUUGGCGAUAUUGGAGCACACAUCCUAUCAUUGCAGAUUGCGCUGAAGUUUUGGGAAAAGGGACUAGAAUUCACAACGAAUGCACGUUUUUUGCGUCUGUUUUUAAUAUUUGCAAGAUGCUAUUGCAUAUUAAGGCUCUCGCUCGAGCACGGGGCGCGUGACACUCAACAUAUUCGAAAUGAAGCCAUCGAGUUCGAAUCGAAGGGUAACAGGGCUGACCCUGCAGUAAUUCAUGCUAAAGUAGCACCUUGGCUACAUUGGUCCCGUUGUCGUGGCAAAACAAGGACUGAAGUAAACAGUCAGCAAUAUAAGAGGACGCGGUCACAUUCUAAGCUCAACGGAAGCUUACAAAAGCCGUACCACGACAACGCUGUCACGAGCCACUCAGACGCAAAAUUAAUGUUGCUUUAG